AUGAAAAUCACAGAUGACGAUGCCGCCUUCAUCUUGGGCAAAGGUGGCAAGACAAAGGAGAAGAUUGCACGAGUUUCGGGUGCAGAAAUAGAGCUGUUCGAGCGAGACUUGGUUUUGGAAAUCCGCGGCUCCAAGAAGGAACGCCGUCGCGCAAAGAAGUACGCCGAAGGUGUCAUGGCGCAGCGUACGGGGCCGGUGACUGUCAAUGAGGAUUACGAUGACGGCGACUUAACCAUGCUGCGCGUGCCGCAAGAAGCGGUUGGUUUCGUCACGGGGCGAGCUGGCAACUUCCUUCGCACCAUCGAAGAAGAGUGGGGAACCUUGAUGUUCUUUGUCGAAGUGGAAAGCUCUCGCUCGCGGAGCAAGGAAUACGAGAAGCUAGCCAUCUUCGGCAAUGUGAAAGCCCGCAGAGGGGCAGAACUGAAGGUCCUCAGCGCUGUGGAAACGAAAGUUCCGGGCUACUUUGACAAGAUCCGCGACGACGUGGUGCCUCGCGACCGAGGUGCUGACUAUGAAGAUGGUACUUGGGGCACGGACACAAUGACAUUCCAGGACGACGAGCUAUCCUAUGCUUUGGGCAAGCAGGGUGGCACCCGCAAGAAGAUCGAGCGAUCGUCGGGCGCCAUUGUGCAGUACGUGGGGCAGAAUGCGCUCUUCUCCGGCUGCAAAGCAGAGCGGAAGCGGGCCAAGGAGUACAUGAAGUGGCUCUUUGACCAACUGGAAGGUCCUGUCUAUGUUCAUGGAUGGGAAGACCGUGACGACAUCACUGUUGUGGAUGUGCCGCAAGACUGCAUCGGCUAUGUCACAGGCAACCGGAGAGCGGCUCUCGGCGGCAUCGAGGAGGAGUGGGGCACCCUUAUGUUCUUCAUGAACAAGGAUGGUGGCAGCACCAAGGGACGAGGCCGCGGGGGCUCCGAGCAGCUCGCGAUUUUCGGCAGCGAGCGCGCGCGUCGCGGGGCAGAGCUCAAGGUCAUGAGUGCUGUGGAGACAAAAGCUCCUGGCACCUUCACCCGGGGCAUCAGAGAGAAGUUUAGCGAUGAGAAGGGCUUCGCAACUGACCGCAUGAUCUUUAGGGACGACGAGCUGAGCUACGCUCUAGGCAAGGAGGGUUCCACACGGAAGAAGCUAGCCUUUGCUGCCAAUGUUAUCCUCGAGUAUGUCGGGCAUGUUUGCUUCAUGGCAGGAACGCUCAAGGAGCGCAGGCGCGUGAAGCAAUUCAUUGACUGGCUGCUGGCCCAGCGCCGUGGAAGUGUUACUGUCAAGGAUGUGUCAGACCGUGACGACUGCACGGAGAUGCACAUCCCAGAGAACUGUAAGGGCUGGGUUACUGGGAAUCGCGGCAGCGAGCUACGUCGUGUGGAGCAAGAGACAGGAACGUUUAUGUUCAUGGCCCUCGAUGCCAGGGGCGAGGAACGCCUGCUAAUUUUUGGCGCCAACGCAGGGAGCAAAGUGGAGAACGGCGGCCGGAUGCAUGCCGAACGUUUGGUCAAUGACCUGGUCCAGGAGAAGCUUCGAAACGAUGAGCGUGCCUGGGCAGCACGCAGUUGCCUCGCUCGCAUUGGGCUAUCAUAA